CCUCUUCUUCUAUUCGACUACUUCUUCCCUUCUCUGCCACUCUAGUUGACCACAAGCAACCACCAAAGAAACAUGAAUCACAGUGACCAUGUUCAUAUCGCCUAUUACUUUGUCAUCUUCCUCCUCACCACGUCUCUUAUUGUUCUUGGUCUUGUUCUUCUUCUGAUCUUUCUCUGCAAGAAGAAACAAACCACCAAUGAGCAGUCCGAAGAAACUGUAAUUCCAGCUAAGAUUUGUGCCCGAGCAUACCCUUUAACCGAUAUUGAUGCCGCUACAGAUGGCUUCAACCGCAGAAGAAUCGUCGGCGAGGGCCGUUUGGGAACUGUGUAUGCUGCGAUAUUCGAAAAAGGGGAGAUAGCGGCCGUGAAGAGAAUCCAUCCGAGGCUUGUGUUGGGAAAUAUUGGUUUCGGGUUUUCAAGAACACUAAGCUAUAUCUCAUUGGCUCAACACCCCAAUGUAGUUCCCAUUGUCGGGUACUCAGAAGCACCAGGUGAGAGAAUCAUUGUCAUGGAGUUUGUAGGUAUGGUUUGUUUGGAUUUUUACUUGCAUCAAAACCCAGAUGGGGGUUCUCUGUUGGAUUGGAACCACAGGCUGAAAAUUGCAGCAGGGGCAGCAGCAGGGCUUCAGUACUUGCAUGAAGGAGUUGCUCCAAAUAUUGUUCAUGGAUGUGUGAAGGCUUCAAAUAUCUUGAUUGAUGUGAAAUUCUGUGCUAGGGUUUGUGAUUAUGGUAUAUCAUUUUUGGCACCAAAAGAGAAGAGGGGUUUAGUUGGUUAUGUGGAUGAUGAGUACUGGAGGGGAGGUGGUGUGUGCAAAGAGAGCGAUAUGUUUGGUUUUGGGGUGAUUCUGUUGGAACUUUUGAGUGGGAAACGAUGUGAUGAAGGGUUCCUUGUGAAAUGGGCAUUGCCAUUGAUUAAGGAGAAGAGGUUCAGUGAGUUUUUGGAUCCAAGACUUGUUAUUCCUCGUAACAUUAUGCCUCUUAUUCGAUUGGCCAAAGUUGCUUCGACUUGUGUUAGUAAUUCCAGAAAGAGCAGACCUUCAAUUAGUCAAGUUGCAACUAUCAUCAACAAUUUGGAGAUCGAUUCAACUUGCUUCAACUAGUAGCUGCAUUAUUUGCCGGUUGUUCUGCAUCAAAGUCAGUGUGUCAUCAUGACCUUGAAUCAGGAAAAGGUUGCAAUCCUUAAUCUAUAAUUAGAAUUAGGUAGCUAGCUACUAGGAACUGGAUUUUUGGGGGUUUUUCUUUUGACUUGUAUGUUAUCUUCACGAAGAGUAUUAAUGCACAUAAUGUGAUUGAUACGAAAUAGUUUCACACUUGGGUGAAAUCUACAGCUGCUUGGUUUGUUUUGGAUGGGAGAAGUGUAUGAAAAAUGAAAGAUGCGACGGUGACUUUGUCUUUUGGUGCCCAAAGACGACCCAGAUUAUUUGGUCUUCUUGAUUCUGUCAAAUGUGUUUUUUUUUAUCCCCCUUUUAUUCUUCAAUUUGAAUGCAUAUUCACAUACACAUAUAAAUGGAAUAUCAAUUGGUUACGUAUUAUCUAAUCA